AGUCUGUGACACUUUUGACUACUUCAAGUUGAAAGAUUAGUUGUCAUUUUAUCUUCGUUGAACAAAAAUUGUUGUGGCUAAUUUAUCUGAUUGAUUUUUCUAAUUUUCGGGAUUUUAAAGUGGAUUUCAAGUUUUUACUCUGCUUAUAUCAACAAUUACUAUUUUAAGUAAUUCACAAUUCACAGAAACAACUAUAAACAUUCUUUUUAUAGAUUUUCUUUGAAAAUCACAUUGUUAAAACAGUAACAGUUCUAUUUUUGUACAUAUUUUUAAACCAUUGUUGUUUAAUAUAUAUCAGGGAGCGCUCUUUUAUUGAUACAAAUACUUAAUUGUGCUUCAUAACCCCUCAUCAUAUUGAAAUGAGAUGAAGAGAAAUUGAUUCAAAUUCAAUUCAAGUUGAUAUGGGAAGAUUUUCCGGAAAAAAAUGCCGUCUACUGUCGAUGUUAUGGCUAACAGCUUUCUUCUUCUUCGUCGAAAUUGUCGUAGGUUAUAUCACAAAUUCUAUGGCGUUAGUGGCAGACAGUUUUCACAUGCUGAGCGACGUAGCGGCAUUAGUAGUAGCUUUUUUAUCAGUUAAGAUGUCACCAAAGAAAUGGUCAAAGAAUACGUUUGGCUGGGCCAGAGCAGAAGUAUUAGGUGCUUUGGUGAAUGCCGUAUUUUUAGUAGCUUUAUGUUUCUCAAUAACAGUAGAAGCGUGCAAGAGAUUUAUAGAAAUCGAAGCUAUUCAUGAUCCUCAGUUACUUGUAGUAGUUGGCGGUAUAGGUCUUUUAGUUAACUUAAUUGGAUUGUUAUUAUUUCAUGAACACGGAAGUUCUCAUGGCCAUUCCCAUGGCAGACUAUCUCAUAGUAGAAAUCGAUUAACGCAACUAGCCAUAACCGAUGAUAACGAAAACGACGAAACGUAUCCUAGUCCUCCACCACAACCAUCUACUGUAAAACACGAAUCGCACACUCAUUCUGCUAAUCAGAUGAACAUGCGCGGGGUUUUCUUACAUGUUCUAUCUGACGCAUUAGGUUCAGUUAUUGUGAUAAUAUCGGCUUUGGUAUUUUGGUUAACAGAUUGGAAAUACAAGUACUAUAUUGAUCCAGCCCUGAGUGUUUUGCUAGUUUUACUUAUUUUAAAUUCCGUUUGGCCUUUAUUGAGAGAUUCAGCCUUAAUUCUAUUGCAAACAGUACCGACGCACAUCCAAGUCGAUGCCAUACAAAAUAGAUUGUUGUCCAAAGUAGAUGGAGUACUCGCAGUGCAUGAGUUCCACGUUUGGCAAUUAGCUGGAGACAGAAUUAUAGCAUCGGCGCACAUCAGGUGUCGUAACUUGUCCGAGUAUAUGAAGAUAGCCGAAAAGGUAAAAGAGUUUUUUCACAAUGAAGGAAUUCAUUCGACUACUAUCCAACCGGAAUUUAUAGAUUAUACAGAUAUACCGACAACGUCAAAUGUUCAAGAACAUAUGACAGAAGACUGCGUAUUAGAUUGUCCAAAGAGUGACAAUAGUAAUGACAAUUGUGUUAAAAAUACUUGCUGUGGACCCUCUAAACAAGGUAGAGAUACUCCAUCACCAAACAACACUCCGUAUAUUUGUCGACAAAGAAAUUCAGUAGCCAAUUCAAUAGGUGGAAACGAGGAAAUGAAUGAAAUGGAGCAAGGUGUUCUCCUCGAAAAUCCACCAGCAUUUCAACUAGACUGUGAUUAUUCCCUUCGUGGCUCUCAGUGCUCAUUCAGGGGAUAGAAUUGUUAAAUUAAUGUCGAAAUAUUGAACAGAGUUGAAAAAUAAUAAAUAGGUGAUGUAACGGAACAAUAUUCAAUCCAAAAGUCUCGUAUCUUUUAAUUUUUAAAAGAAAAUGUUAAAUGGACUAAGUUCAAUUCCAACCAAAUUGGAUGAUUGUUAAAUGUGCGCGAUUUACAAAGUGUUGUCUUAUGUUCCGUUAUUUCAUUAUAUUCUUCAAGUAUUUGUUAGUUUCAGCUACAGUUCUUUGUGCAAUGGUUCAUUUUGGUAAAAUUUAUUAUUGAAUUUGUGUAAUAUAUGGGUUAAAAUGAUCACUAUU